AUGAAUAAAGUAAAUAAAAUUAGUGCCAAAGACGAAGAACGUGCAAUCCGGAUCACCAGAGCAAAGGCUAGAGCCUUGAGAGAAAUUCCUCCCGCUUCAAGACCCUCCUUUGAAAAUGAACAGCAAAAAGUGCCUAGAGCAAAUUCCAAAAGAGCAGCCACUUCUGAAGACCAAACUUCUGUGGUUGUUCCUGCUGCUCUUCAAAACAAGAGAAGGGCAGUUCUUACAGAUGUAACAAACAUUUGUCUAAAAUCACGUGAUAAGUGUACUAAGGCAUCCAAAUUUCUGGCCAAAGGAGUUUCUACAAAGAAAAGCACAAAGUUAACUUCAGGUGUUUCCUCUGAAGUUUCAUCAAGACAGGAGAAUGUUAGAGCAAAGUUAGUUGAAGAUUUAUCAACAAUAAGGACGGUAGAAUGCAAUGAUGCCAUAAGAGAACGUGUUACCGCAGAUGCCAAGUCUUCAAUGCAAGAUUCUGUGAAAUCUGAUGAACUUCUGUGCUCUUCAGAAAAAGACGUAUACAGGAUUUGUGAGAAGCCAGAAACCUCAAACUCCCUUGCUAUUGUGGACAUUGAUUCAGAGUUAAAGGAUCCUCAAAUUUGGAGUUCUUAUGCCUCCGACAUAUACAACAUCAUUCGAGUCACAGAGCUUAAAAGGAAACCAUUGACCAAUUAUAUGGACAAGUUGCAGACAGAUAUUAAUCCAAGCAUGCGUGGAAUUCUGGUAGAUUGGCUUGUGGAGGUAUCCGAGGAGUACAGAUUGGUUCCAGACGCUCUUUACCUGACAGUGAACCUCAUUGAUCGGUAUCUCUCAACUACAUUCAUUCAGAAGCAAAGGCUACAGUUGCUGGGUGUUACUUGCAUGCUCAUUGCAUCAAAGUAUGAAGAGAUGUGCCCACCUAGAGUGGAAGAUUUUUGCUUCAUCACAGAUAACACAUACACAAAAGAACAGGUAGUAAAAAUGGAGAGAGAAGUACUGAAUGUGAUGAAUUUUCAGUUAUCUGUUCCCACAAUCAAAACAUUUCUAAGGAGAUUUAUCCAAGCAGCACAAUCUUCUUACAAGGCUCCUCGUGUUGAACUGGAAUUCUUGGCAAAUUAUUUAGCAGAGCUUGCUCUUGUUGAAUACAGAUUCUUCCAGUUUCUUCCUUCCAUUGUAGCUGCAUCUGCUGUGUUCCUUGGCAGAUGGACCCUGAACGAUUCAGAACAUCCAUGGAAUCCAACUCUGGAGCACUAUACAAACUACAAAGCUUCAGACCUCAAAACAGUUGUUCUUGCUCUGCAAGAUCUGCAACUUAAUUCCAAAGGCUGCCCCCUCAAUGCUGUCCGCGAUAAGUAUAAGCUACAGAAGUUAUAUAAGGAGAAAGGCAGAGAAGAGCACAGUACAGAUUUUGUAAAUAGGCUUAUACAGAAAAUGUUUGAUCCACUGCAUGAUCCUUCUUAUCACUUAUCAGAAGGAGGCAGUUAA